AUGUCUGCACCUUCAAUACCUAAUUUGAACUCCCUGCGCCGUGGAGGAUUGCGUGGGCGGGGGCGAUCACGGGGCGGUUCCAGUGUCGAUGUUGGUCCGGCAGGGGCCCGAAGACACAUCAACCACGAUGAGAUUGUGCAAAACACCGAUAAUGACGCCGUUGCCUCUCGACUGAGCGCUAUAGACGCCGGAUACCUCGAAGAUCCAUUUGCCGCACCACUGAGCACUGGAAAUACCGUUUCAAGACGGCUGCCGCUGAUGAAUCGAGGAACCUACGUCAGAACAACAAGCAUUGACCGGAUAGUUGACACCUUUCUGUCUUCUCCUGCCAACACACGCAAGCAAAUCAUCUCGCUGGGGGCAGGGAGUGACACGAGAUACUUUCGGCUUAAGCAGAAGCGGCGGGAACUCGACAUCGUGUACCAUGAACUCGAUUUCGAAGCCAACACCAGAAGAAAGAUCAGCCGAUUACGAUCCCCUGUCUUUGCAGCCAAGGCCAAGGCUCUGGGGGGGGUUGAUCUGCACGCUCCAGAAGUCCAAAUUCUUCAGGACGGAUCGAUGCUGAAGUCGCCACAAUAUUUCAUACAUCCGCAGGACCUCCGACAACUGGCAUAUAAUGAGACACCGUUGGUGGGGGUCGACAAGACCCUACCAACGCUUAUUGUUUCGGAGUGUUGUCUCAUAUACCUCCCUCCUGACGAUGCCGACGCGGUGCUGCAAUACUUCUGUACACUAAUCACCAACCCGACCUCGUUGGCCAUCGUGAUAUACGAGCCUAUUCGUCCAUAUGACUCAUUCGGGAAGACCAUGGUAAGCAAUCUGAUGAGCCGAGGAAUUCAACUGCAGACUCUCGAGAAGUACGCCGGGCUUGAGGAACAAAAAGAGCGGCUAAGAACGUAUGGGUUCGAUGGAGAGGCGGCUGGGCCCGGCGCCGGAAGAGAGGCAUCCGACAUCGACUUCGUUUGGCAACGAUGGAUAGCACCAGAUGAAAAAGAACGAGUCGAUGGAUUGGAAUGGAUGGAUGAGGUGGAAGAGUUUGUGCUCCUCGCGAAGCAUUAUUGCAUAUGUUGGGGCUGGCGUGGAUAUGAGGAGGACUUAUCUUGGAGGGAGUUACUCGGUCCGAAAUAG